CAGAGAGAGAGCAGUUGUGUUGCUGUGGUUUUGUGACAUAACAGUCAUCUGCCACCUUUCAUGAAAAGUAAUAGUCUUAAAUUCAUAAGUGUUAUAGGUUUGAGGAGUGUGUGUGAAUAAAUCCAUCCAGUUAGCUGGAUAACAUCAUAACAGCUUUGUGGCACAGGCCCUCAUGUAUACCCAACUUUGGCUAACUGAACAGCGAGACUGCUGUCAGUCUGUAUAGAGACUUUGGAACAAAAAUGAGAAGACGAUAAGCAACAAGCAAACAAAAUACAAACAUUUAGUUAAAUGCCAAGCUUUGGUUUUCGGUAAGUUUGUAGUUUCCUGAACAUUUUGUGGUGACAGUGUGACCCACCAUAACUCAUGGUCAUCAAUGACUAGCUAAUGUUAGUGGUGCGCUAGUGUUUAUGUGUGUGGAUGCUAUGUAGGAACUCUCUCUGGCUGCAAGGUAGUAGUAACAACAUGGUGGAAUGUCACUGAUUUCAGCAUAUUCUCAAAAAGCAAGUGGAAUGACACAGCAGAAUGGAUAGACCCGUGCACUGAUUUUCGUCAUGGUAAAAACAUGGUAAAAGUGGGGGGGUCUAAACUAAUAAUUUUAAAAGUUUGGUGGGACUUGUCCCACCCUCAUAUAAUAACUGCGACACCCAUAAUUAGUUAGACUAGAACCUGAUUUAUUAUAACGAGAGACAGACAGGAAGGAUGAAACCGGAUGAAAAAGUGUGAUAUAACAGGAGGAUAGUCACUUUGUUUCACUUCUUUCACUCAGGUUUUAAUUGGGAAACUGCUGGCUUACAGAUCACUUAUAAGAUCACUUCCUUGACAUUUUUGCGUUCAGCAGAUUGAUUUAGCAGUAGUUUAAUUUUUAAUUAAUGACGAAAUCACAAAUGUAGCCUACUAUUAAAAUCCUGUGGUUUGUCCUUUUUGCUUUCACAGAACAAAAAAACACACAGAGUGCACUUUGAGACUAGACACUCAUUUUCAGGCACUCAUGGUUGACAGCGUUCACACCAGUGUUAACAAACCAAUCAAAACAUGUAAAGACACCAGAGUUCACUGAACCACAACAAACAGGUGACUUGUGAAAGCAGAAGACUAACUGGACCUUGUGGUGAGAUUUCUUAGUCAACUAUUGUUUAAAAAUGAACUUUUAUUCUUAACAUUUAAGCUGGAAAAAUGUCAACUUUAACACAUACAUUUCUGUGGUAACUGAGGAAACUCCAUCCAAUAGAAAGCCCCGGAACAGCUUCUGAGUAGACUUGUGAGCGCCAAGAUGACGGAGAUGGACCUCCUCAACAUUCUGGAUGAUUUAAUAGAUGAUGAAUUUAAGAAAUUCAAGUGGUGCCUGAAGUAUGAAAAGGUGGGCGACAUCCCACCCAUCAAAGAGAGCCAGCUGUCGAGGGCAGAGAGGCGGGACAUGGUGGAUCUAAUGGUGCAGAAUUUUAAAUUUUCUGGAGCUGUGGAAGUGAUCAAGAGCAUUUUAAAGAAGAUCAGCAGGAAUGAUCUGGUGAGGAGGUUGCCAAACAUCGGCUCAGGAGCAGAAGCAGAUAGUGAUCUGCAGGAGGUGUCAUAUAAAUAUAAGAUCAGUCUGAGGAGGAGAUGUCAAUAUGUGACUGAAGGAACUGAUGAUGCAGGAAGUGGAACCCUCCUCAACAUGAUCUUCUCUGAGCUCUACAUCACAGAGGGUCAGAGUGAAGAUGUUAAUAUCCAACAUGAGGUGUGGCAGGUUGAAACAGCUUCCAAGAUGGAGACCCUCCAUGACACUCCAAUCAAGUGCCAUGAUAUCUUUAAAGUCUCACCUGACCAACAGAAACACAUCAGAGUCGUUCUGACGAACGGCAUAGCUGGCAUUGGAAAAACCUUCUCAGUGCAGAAGUUCACUCUGGACUGGGCAGAGGGCUUGGAAAACCAAGAUUUCAGCCUGGUGAUUCUGCUUUCGUUCAGGGAGAUGAACUUGAUCAAAGAUGAGCAGUACAGUCUCCUCAUGCUGAUCCAUGAUUUCCAUCCAACAUUACAGAAGGUCACAGCAGAGAAGCUCACUGACUAUAAAGUUUUGUUCAUCUUUGACAGCCUGGAUGAAAGCCGACUUUCACUGGAUUUCAACAACGCGGAGGUCGUGUCUGAUGUCAAACAGAAGUCGUCGGUCAACAUGCUGUUGACAAACCUCAUCAUGGGGAAUCUGCUUCCCUUGGCUCACGUCUGGAUAACGUCCCGACCUGCAGCAGCCAAUCUGAUCCCUCCUACCUGUGUUGACAGGGUAACAGAAGUACGAGGCUUCACUGACAUCCAGAAGGAGGAGUACUUCAGGAGGAGAUUCAGUGAUGAAGAGCUUUCCAGCAGAAUCAUCUCACACAUCAAGACAUUCAGGAGCCUCCACAUCAUGUGUGACAUCCCACUUUUCUGCUGGAUCACUGCUACAGUUCUGGAGCACAUGUUGACUACAGACCAGAGAGGAGAGCUGCCCGAGAUCCUGACUAACAUGUACUUGCACUUCCUGUUGGUUCAGACAAAGAGAAAGAAGCACAAAUAUGAUGAGGAACAUGAGCCGAGUCCACAGGAGCUGACGGAGGCUGACAUGGAAGUUCUUCUGAAGCUGGGGAGGCUGGCGUUUGAACAACUGGAGAAAGGAAACAGCAUGUUCUACCAAAAAGACCUGGAACAGUGUGGUCUUGAUGUCACAGAGGCCUUGAUGUUAUCAGGAGUUUGUAUAGAGAUCUUCAAAAGAGAGAAUGUGAUCUUCAAGAAAAGAGUCUACUGCUUUGUUCAUAUGAGUAUUCAGGAGUUUCUGGCUGCAGUCUACAUGUACCACUGUUACACAAGCAGGAACACAGAGGUACUGAAGGACUUCCUGGAAGAAGACUACUGUGACUCAUCUCUGGAUGACUUCCUGAAGGGGGCCGUGAAGAAAUCUCUCAAAAGUAAAAAUGGCCACUUGGACCUGUUUGUUCGCUUCCUUCAUGGCCUCUCCCUGCAGUCCAACCAGAGUCUCUUAGGAGACCUGCUGGGUCAGACAGAGACCAGUCCAGAGACCAUCCAGAGAGUCAUCUACAACCUGAAAACAAUGAGCAUGUACGAUAUCUCUCCUGACAGACGCAUCAACAUUUUCCACUGUCUGAUGGAGAUGAAUGACCGCUCAGUACAUCAGGAGAUCCAAGAGUUCCUGAAGACAGAGAGCAGAUUAGAGAAGAAACUCUCUGAUAUUCACUGCUCAGCUCUGGCCUACAUGCUGCAGAUGUCAGAGGAGGUUCUGGAUGAGUUGGACCUGGAGAAGUACAACACAUCAGAGGAGGGAAGACAGAGACUGAUCUCAGCUGUGAGGAACUCCAGAAAGGCUCGCUUGGAAGGCUGCAGUUUGUCAGAGAUCAGCAGUGCUUCUCUGGCCUCAGUUCUGAAGUCCAACCCCACCCACCUGAGAGAGUUGGAUCUGAGUGACAAUGAGCUGCAGGAAUUAGACGUCAAGCUACUGUGUGAUUUUCUGGAGAGUCCACACUGUAGACUGGAGACUCUGAGAUUAAGUGACUGCAGUUUGUCAGAGAGCAGCUGUGCUUCUCUGGCCUCAGCUCUGAAGUCCAACCCCUCCCUUCUGAAAGAGCUGAAUCUGAGCUACAACGAGCUUCUGGAUUCAGGAUUGAAGCUGCUGUGUGAUUUUCUGCAGAGUCCACAUUGUAGACUGGAGACUCUGGGAUUGUGGGGCUGCAGUUUGUCAAAAUUCAGUUGUGCUUUUCUGGUCUCAGCUCUGAAGUCCAACCCCCCCCAUCUGAGAGAGCUGGAGCUGAGCUACAACAAGCUUCAGGAUUCAGGAGUGAUGCUGCUUUGUGAUUUUCUGGAGAGUCCACACUGUAGACUGAAGACUCUGAGAUUGUGGGGCUGCAGUUUGUCAAAGAGCAGUUGUGCCUCUCUGGCCUCAGCUCUGAAGUCCAACCCCUCCCAUCUGAGAGAGCUGGGUCUGAGUGACAACAAGCUUCAGGAUUCAGGAGUGAAGAAGCUGUUUGAUUUUCUGGAGAGUCCACACUGUGAACUGGAGACUCUGAGAUUGUGGGGCUGCAGUUUGUCAAAGUUCAGCUGUGCUUUUCUGGCCUUAGCGCUGAAGUCCAACCCCUCCCAUCUGAGAGAGCUGGAUCUCUGUAAAAACAAGCUGCAGGAUUCAGGGGUGAAGCUGCUGCGUGAUUUUCUGGAGAGUCCACACUGUAGACUGGGGACUCUGAGGUUCUCCAAUUCUAAUGGUUCACUCGUCACAUUGGCUGGAAACCAAAAGAUGAGUGGUUAUAUGGAGGAACAGGACAAAUCAGAGUCUCCAGGUUCCACCUGUGUGUCCAAACAUCAUCCUCUAGACUUCAGUGAUGAAGCUAGAUCCUCAGACUUAAAGGUGGAGGACAGACAAAACAGUGCUACACCUGACAGACAUAAAGGAAGUCCAGGAAGGGAAAAUCUGCAGAAGAAUCUCUCAAAAACUGACAGCAUCCCACCAGAGAAGUUACUAUUGAAGGUUCGGACAAAUUUUAUUAAUAGAGUGUCUGUAGCUAAUAUACACAAGCUGCUGGAUAAAUUCCUGGAGCUUGAGAUCAUAAAUGAUGAAGAAAUGGAGUUUGCCGGAACACCAACCAGAGCAGAGAAAGCACGACAGGUGAUCGACAUGGUGCGAAGAAAAGGAGAAGAAGCCUGUUUAGCUCUGAUCAAUGCUCUCCGGGGGAUUGAUCCAUUUCUUUCAACAGCGUUGAACUUGAUAUAGCAGAAAGUCUCACAUCAUCAUCUGUCCAUGUUUUCACCCAGUAAUUAAUUCCAGUGGCCUCUACUCUGCUCAAACAAUACUUUUUAUUCUGACUCCAGAAUUUAAAAAAAAAAAAGUUUCAUUUAGAGGUCAACCCUUUGCUCUGUUCUGUAAAUUAAACACAAAAGAUUGAAAACUUAUCCUGUUUGACUCAUUGAAUACUGAAACAUGCAGUUGUGAGAUUACUGAAUAUGUGUAAUGUUGGAACUUUCAGGGUUAAUAAAUGACAUUUAUGUCCCAAAUCA